UAAGCUGAAUUGUGUUUGAAAAAUAAUUGCAAUAUCAUGAGUGGCGAAACGGGUAUGAGGAUCAGGUUAUGUCAAAUCUAUGUACAGUGUGUGUUGGAUACAUGAACAUUUAAACAUUAUUUAAAGUUAGAAAUUCAUAAGGAAUUCCUGCGAGCGGCCCUGGAUGGAAACCUGGAUAAGGUUAUGAAAUUCCUUAACGGCAGCACCGACAUCCACACCAGUAAUUCAAAUGGCUUAAAUGCCUUACACAUGACCUCGAAAGGGGGCCACCUCAACAUUUUCACAGAGCUGCUAAAGAGAGGGGCCAACAUCGAGGCUGCGACCAAGAAUGGAAACACGGCACUACACAUUGCCUCGCUGGUAGGCCAUGAGGAUAUCGUUAAGAUGCUGGUUGAACAUCAAGCCAAUGUCAACGUUCAGUCUAAGGAUGGAUUUACUCCUCUUCAAGUAGCUGUUCAACAGGGACAAGAGCGUGUAGUAACAUUGUUACGUGAACACGAUACAAAGUCAAAAGACCAUCUGCUCGCGCUUCACAUUGCCGCGAAAAAAGGUGACACAAAUGCAGCGGCUCUUCUGCUCCAGAACGAUCAGAACAAUGUCGAUCUUUGAAGCAAGGAAGGACCUUGCGGCAGCCAGUAGUAACAGCAUUGAGAUUUUACAAUAGCCCUGGGAAGUAGCAUAUGGAAAACAACUGCCCGAGGAGCUGAGUUAGCAUUGAUUAAAGCUGCUACAAAUAGUCAUGUAGAUUGAGUCGAACUCUUACUGAAAUAUCAGGUGAAUAUUGAAGGAAUAAAUGACAUACAGCUUUAUUCACUGAAGCAAAAUGAUUUUCUGGAAAUUGCGAGACUCUUCUUGACAUUGAAGGAGCUCUGCAAAGAUGUGUUGAGACAAUUAUUAGCCUCAUGUUCGAAUGUGAAUUCUGUCGAUCUACACGAUUUGGCUUUCUUUCACCAUAGUUAUAAUAAUAAUAAUUAUUAUUUCCGGAAGAUGUGAAUUGAGGGCGCCAUGAGGCCAAUCUUAAUGUAGAUACAAAAACGUUCUGGAUGUCAGAUCUUUAACAUCAGCAGUGGCAUAUGGCAAAGAGGGUAAUGUCAAUGAAUUGAUGAACGAUGGAACAGAUAUCGUGCUAUCUUGCGAAGCCGAAAGAACUCCUUGUCAUUAUGAGCUCCGACUGGUUCUCACGUAAAGAUAAAGCUCUUAGGAGCAGGUGCUGACCCGAACAGCAGGAACUCGCAUGCUAAUCAACCUCUAGUAAUUGCAAUUUCGCGUAACAACUACGAAUAAAUCAAGUGUAUGAUUCACGCUGGCUGUGAUUUUUAUAUAGACUGAAAAGACUGGACUUCUUGCGUUCAUGAUGUUCAUGACAGAAAAAAGCGUGGGCAUGUUGCGAUUUUUUUAAUGAUUGUUUUGUUUAAACUGCAUUUAAAAUGAAUUGCAAUCACCAAUUUACAUGUACGUAUGUCCAUAUGCAGGUAUUAACUGGUAUUGCUUAGCCAUUGUCGGUGUUGUCAGCACAGAAGUACUUAAAUAUUACUAACUAUUAAUAAACUUGUUAACUUGUCCACUAUGAUGAGUUUGACUAGCAAAUCCUAAAACUCAGAUUAAAAUAGUAGUCGACUUGGGCCAAAAAUCAACUGAGAUAAAUGAACAAGCAUUAAGUUUGUGUUGCUCAUAAUUGAUAUAAAAUAUACUUGCAAAUUACAAAAUAUAUUUUAGGAUUUUUAUAUAACAAUAAUAAUAUGAAAAAGUAUAAGGUAAGCAUGCCGCUUAAUAAUGAUUUCUCAGCAAUAUUUGCCAUUGAAAUCACAAACGAGUUUGUAUGACGCAUUUGCUCUUUUAACUCAACAUUAAAAUGAUAUGUAUGUAUUGUGUUGAUAAUUUAUGUAGUGUAUUGUAUUUUUUGGCUUUUAACUAAUGCUAAAUUUUAUAUUGAUUUAUUAUGUAGUUUUUAUUACAUACAUGAUUAUGCAUUUUAUAUUUUGUUUAAUAUUCUUUGGGUCAAUACUGCUUAUGCCCAAAUAUUUGUUCAAUAUCACCUACACACUAUAAUUGAUGUGAAUGCUGUUGAUCUAUGAGAUAUGACUUUCAUUCAAAGAUGUUGGUGGUGUCACGGUUUUAAUCUCCCAAAGAACAGCCUUGUCAAUAGCAGCUCGGCCUUGUUCAGAAGAAACUAUUAAAACACCUCUAGCAGCAGGUGCUGCAGGUGCUGUCUCAAACAGCGGGGCCGCUCAUGCACUAGGUGGAAAUGUUGCGAAAGCUGUCCUUUUUCGUGUAUAUCAAUCAAAUGAUGUAUCAACUGAACAGCUUAAACACCAAAAUGCAGCGUUUCCGGAAUUUAUCGAAUAAUUAAACCAUCUAGUUAGCU